UUGUUUUCUUUUCCCAAACAACACAGAACCUUCUUCAUCCAUUUCUGUUCUUCUCUUCUCCUUUUCUUCUCCUUCCUUCUUCCUCAGACAAAUCUACACAUCACAAAAUUGUACUGUAAUUCAAUGUUUGAGUUGGUACAAAAACCCUUUCUUCACAAUUGAUCACACUUCUUUUUCCACUCACUUUUGGGUCAUAGCCAAUUGGGAAUUUAGCCCAAUUCGAAGUUUUAGCCUCUGAGAAAUUCUCACUCUCUUGCCCAGGAAAAAAGGGCCUUCAAAGUUUGGACCUUUCAGCUUCAGAUGGCUUCUUCCAGCUCCCUUGCUGGAAAGGGAAAACGACAUGCCGUUCAGGAGAACUCUCCAGCCUUCUGCUUGAGGAUUUUCAGUCGUGAAGAUCUCAAAGACGGGAAGAAGGAACUUCCGCCGGCAGCUGUGAGGGAGUAUGGACAUCAUUUGGCAGACCAUAUAUACCUUAAGGUUCCAAAUUGUGGAAAACAUUGGAAAAUAGAGUUGAGAACAUCACCUCGUCGUGACCGAAUGUGGUUAGAGAAGGGAUGGGAAGAGUUUGCCAACUUUUACUUACUAGACCAAGGCGACAUGGCAACUUUCAGCUCUGAAGGCGAAAAUUCCCAUUUCCAAGAUUUUUCCUUUUUAAAAUUUGUCUUGGACAACACUAUUGAAUUAACCGUGGGAAUUAAAACAGCAGCUGAUGUCAGCACACCAGAUAGAAAAGAAAUAGGAGCUGAAGCUCUAGCUGUAGCCAUGUCGGUUUCCCCCAGAUCCUCUGCUGAUGAACGUGGAAGUGCUAAGGUCAGAAGACGAAGAAGGAGAGUAACAGGAUCUGAAGCUGAAGCUAGAGCCAUUUCAAUUUCCCCAAGAUCAUCCGCUGAUGAACACGAAUAUGAUGUGAGCAGUUUCAGGUCGGACAAGCCAUUUCUUGAUAUCAGAAUUCCAGCCAAAACCUUGGCCUUUCGUGUGUUUAUAAAUCAAGCUUUUGCCUCAGAACAUUUCUAUAAAGCAGACACUUGUUGUGACUUGACGCUACAGAAUAAUCAAGGUGACAAAGUUUGGACAAUUCAGUGUUGUUCAUACAAAAGAAGUAACGGAAGAAUACAAGCAAUAAUUUCAGGUGCUGGUUGGAAAGCAUUUAGGCAGGACAAUCACCUGGAAGAAGGUGAUGUCUGUGUCCUAGAGGUGAUAGAGGAACGUAAGUGCAGAGUUUCGAUAUUCCGAGCUAAAAAGUGAAGAUAAAAUGAAUUGUUCAUAGUUCAAGAGCAUACUCUUUUGAGGUUAGAUGUGAGGAAAAGUUAAGUAUCAUCUUCAAGAAAAAUUAGUGGUAGAAGAAGCUCAGAGGAAGUAUUGCUAUCAAUGUAAAAUUGAGUGCUUUUGGUUGGAUUCGAGUACUUUUUUCAUUCUCUCCUUUAUCCAAACUAUGUCAAGCAUUCUUCUGAUGCAGUGAAAAGAAAGGCUCUGAGCUCAGUGCACCAA